AACCCAAUUUUGAUGGGAGCAUGAUGAGCAGCAAAAGAGAAACAUACACGGUGUGGAUGAAAUCACUUGUGUUCCACUCUAAUGGCUGCACCGUCUACAACUCCAACGGUGAUAUCGUUUAUCGGGUCGAUAAUUAUGACACCAAGGGCACCAGAGAAGUCAACCUCAUGGAUCUCCAAGGCACAGUCCUCUGUACCAUACAUAAGAGAAAACUGCGGUUUGGAUGUUGGGAAGGGUUCAGAAGCAGCAGCAGAAGGAAGGAGAAGAGAUGGUUCCAGGUGAAAAGAUGCCAGAAAAUGAUGAUGAAGGGGAAAGCAGAAUGCGAAAUGAGAGUAGGGAGCCAAAAGUACUGGAUAGUUGGAAUGGGAAAAACCAAGGCAGCGUUCGGGAUAAUAAACAUAGAUCGACAGAUUGUUGCAGAGGUAAAGCAGAAGGAAUCGUGGUUAUCAGGAGUAGUGCUGGGCGAUGAUGUGGUAACGUUGGAAGUGGAUGCCAAUACGGAUCAUUCACUCAUGAUGGCCUUUGUCACGGUGUACGGAUUAAUGCGAGGCAGAAUGUAGAUUACAUA